UUUUUGGCAAUAAUGAAAGAGUUGACAUCUCUCAAGAUAGAACAAAACAUCAAUCAAAAUUAUUGUCAAAGAUGGAAAGAUUGCUAGAACAGAAAUGUGAAGGAGAUGUAGCUAUUAAAAGUACUUGGUCUAAAACAUUUGGAUUUAAUUUCCCACUUUCGGACACAAACACAUUAUAUGAGUUGGAGAAGAAACUUGUAACUCAUCCUGAAUUAAAAACUAAUUUCUGUUCUCCGAUGACUCUACUGAUGUAUACGGAUGACACUUUGCAAAAAAAUGUGAAUGCUAUGAUGAAAAAAAUCAUUAGUCAUGAUCUGGCAUUACGUUUUACUGCCACCAAAAAAAUGGCAGAUAAAGUAUUUUCAUUGAAUGUUCCUAAAAUUUAUCGAUGUAUUGUUGAUCAGAGUCAAAAGUUGUCUCAGCUAUUGGAAUUGAUUUCACCCAAUCACAAUAUUGGGAUGGAAAUCGUAUAAAAACUUAAAAGAAAAUUAUGAUGAAGCAAUUGAUAAUUCAGAUGAUGAAUCUGACUCAACGGGUAAUCAUAUAAGAAACAAUACAGAGAGUGUGGAUUUAAAAAAAAAACGAAGAGUUUGAAGUCUAAAGUUAAUGAAUAAAUCAAAAUAUUAGCAUAAAAUUAAAAAUAA